UGAGAUGCUUCGUGUCCUGUUACCUUCACUCUUACCAUAAAAAAACUCUUGGUAAUACUUCUGCUUACAUUUGUGUAGGUUUGGUCUGUAGCUUGAGCAGCUCUAAUACUAAUAACAUUUUUAUUACAUGUUUUGAUGCUAUAUUUUUCCUUUCUUUAUCUUCCAGGGCGGGGAAACCACCACCUGGCUUACACCUGGAUGUAGUCAAAGGAGACAAACUCAUUGAGAAACUCAUCAUUGAUGAGAAGAAAUACUAUCUCUUUGGGAGAAAUCCUGAUCUGUGUGAUUUUACCAUUGACCACCAGUCUUGCUCUCGGGUCCAUGCUGCCUUGGUCUAUCACAAACAUCUCAAGAGGGUUUUCCUCAUAGAUCUGAACAGCACACAUGGCACUUUCUUGGGUCACAUCCGUUUGGAAGCUCACAAACCGCAGCAGAUCCCCAUUGACUCCACGGUUUCCUUUGGAGCCUCCACCCGUGCGUACACCCUGCGAGAGAAGCCACAGACACUGCCCUCAGCAGUGAAGGGGGAUGAGAAGAUGGGUGGUGAGGAUGAGGAGCUCAAGGGUUUGCUGGGGCUGCCAGAGGAGGAGACAGAACUGGAUAAUCUGACAGAGUUUAAUACAGCCCACAACAAAAGGAUCUCCACACUGACCAUUGAGGAAGGGAACUUGGACAUCCAGAGGCCAAAGCGAAAACGGAAGAACUCCAGAGUGACGUUCAGUGAUGAUGAUGAGAUCAUCAAUCCGGAGGACGUGGACCCGUCUGUGGGGCGCUUCCGGAACAUGGUACAGACAGCAGUGGUCCCUGUUAAGAAGAAGCGCCUGGAGAACUCGGGCUCGCUGCCCUCGGACGAGUCGGCGUCGCGGCGCAUGCAGAGCUUCCCCUACAGCGGAGGAUUGUACGGGGGGCUGCCCCCCACCCACAACGAGGCGGGCUCCCAGCCCCACAGCGUCCACGGCACCGCGCUCAUCGGGGGGCUGCCCAUGCCCUACCCCAACCUCGCCCCCGACGUGGACUUGACUCCAGUUGUGCCCUCCACAGUGAACAUGAACCCGGCUCCAAACCCCGCCGUCUUCAACCCUGAAGCUGUGAAUGAACCCAAGAAGAAGAAAUACGCCAAGGAGGCCUGGCCGGGCAAGAAGCCGACCCCAUCCCUGCUGAUCUGAGCUGGGCUGGGGAGGGCAGGAGUCACCAACUCCAGAAACUUUUCAUGUGCGGUAUCGUCUUUUUAAAAUUUCAGUGUCCUAACAGAUGUAAUAUCAAGAUUGGAGGAGUGAAAUAUCCUUUAAAGAUCUGUCUUCAAAUGUUUUUAUAUGUCUGUUAAAAAAAAGAAAAAAUACAGCUCCCAUCUCCUUUUGAACCAAAACCCCUACAGCCUUUUCUUAGCCACUGUCCCAGAGGUCUUUAUGCUGAGUUUGGAUCCACAAGUCGAAGGGGCAGUCACACAAUUUAAUUAUCACUUACGGCAUGACCCUGCAGGUCCGUGUAUUUCAGUGCUGAGCUCGCUGUGGUGACACUGUUCCUGCUGGACAUGCUCACAGCAGAGCAGCUCUGUCAAGAGGAAAUGUUUGUGGGGCCAAGCCUUGCAGAAUCUCGCUGGAAGGAGUUGUAAAACUUCCAGAAUAUGGGUCAGCUUUUAUUUUUUAUGUUCUCAAAACCCCACCGAUGUGGGACAUUCUCUUUUUUUUAUUAUUAUUUUCAGUUUGGCUACAGCUUGUUUUAAUUUCCACAUAAAACACUAGAUCAUCCCAUGAGUCAUGAGUUGAGAUGGAUAAGCAGCAGGUGGGUUCCUUAGCUUGUUCUGGUGCUGCAGAAUGCAGUCUGUGGGAUGGAGACAGGGUGCAAAGGAUCAGGCAUUGUCUGUGCCAUGGUGACUCCCCUGGAGAACUCAGGGUGAAGUUAACACAGUGGAGUUUCUUUUAGACUUGGUGGCCCCUGUAACUUAAAUAGUUUCAUUUUUAUUUGCAAAUGGAACUUUUAAGUUGAGAGUAUAUGAGAUUCAACAAGACAAAAAGCUGAGAAGACUGGCAUGUUCCACACACACAAAUAUUUUGGCUGCUUGGAACUGCAGGUGAGAAUUGAGUGCUACUGAGAGCCAGAACAGGAAUUCUCAGUGGACUUGGGUUGUUGCUCAAGCCCUUUAGUUCCUUGGGUUUAGAUUUGAAAAUGAUUCACAUACUCAGACAUACUGUGGCUGUACUUUAUGCAAGGUAAGGCCAGAGCUCUAUUGUUCUUCAGUUCACUCUGGAUUUUUGUACACACUCUAAUGCAGUUCAGCUACAAGUCACAUUCCUAUGCUCUUUGGGG